GCUUAGUAAUAUCUAAGAUCAACUAACGCUAAUGACGUUUAUAUGCUACUCAAUGUUGGUAAAGAAUGUGAUUUUCCAGGAAUGUUGGGCAGUCUAGAUUGCAUACACUGGAAGUGGAAAAAUUGUCCAACAACUUGGGCAGGUCGAAGUGGGCACCCAACUAUUAUUCUCGAAGUUGUAUCUGAUUAUGACCUAGGGAUAUGUCAUGCACAUUUUGGUUUACCAAGUUCCAAUAACGACAUUAAUGCGUUGGAGGCAUCCCAUCUCUUUUCCAAUCUCGCUUCAGAAUCAUGUCGGAAAGAUGAAGAAUUUGCAUUUGGAGUUAUUCAAUCGCGUUUUGCAAUUGUUGCUGGACCAUCACGUUUUUGGAACAAACAUAUGUUACAUGAUAUAAUGAUUGUUUGCAUUAUUAUGCACAAUAUGAUAAUCAAAGAUGAACGAGAUAUUAAUGCACCAAGCAAUGAAUGGAUGGAAGCGCUAGUAUCAAAUAUUGAGGUGGUAGAUGGGAAUACCAAAUUUGAAGAAUUUCUUAAUUGAUACAAACAGAUCAUAGAUAAAGAAGCCCACUUCGCACUUCGAGAUGCACUAAUUGAUCAUUUGUGAGAGGAAUAUGCUAAUUUACAAAAAUAGUGUAAAUUAUUAUUGUACUUUUAAUCUUUUUUAAUUUAGAUGUAAUGUUAAUUUUUUUUUUUCAAAUGUAAUGUUUAAUUUUCAUAAUGUAACAAUUUAA